AUGAAUUCGGUAGUUCGACGGCUAAGCACGUCCACUCGACUUCUACAGGCCGUUAGUACAACCAGUGCAAUCAAUGUGGAAGAUUUUGGCCAAUUGGCGACGGGAACUGGUCGAGGUCCAUUCAUAGAGCUUCCCAAAUUUUCCCCAGUUGGGUCACCAGGAAGCCUUUUGAAGAUGCAAAUUCCCGCCUCGUCGACAGUGAACAUACGCCUAGGAAGUAUGAUAGCAUUGAAUGGUAAUUUGGACCAGUUAAGCUUGCGCAAAAAACUAGAUUCAGAUUUCCAGUUGCUCGAAGCCAUGGCGCCGGCCACCAUGGUGAUGAGUGGAAACCACGACGAAGCGUAUCGUGUGUUGGACGUUUCAAAUGACAAAAAAUGGACCAUUUUGCGAGCCAGCGACAUCACAGCGUGGUGUGGCUACGAUAUGGAAUUAAAAAGGUGUUUUUUGACACCAACAAUUCAAGGAUAUCGGACUUCUGGACGAGGCACAAUGGUUGUUAGCGGCGGAAGCAGUCUCUACGAAGUCAAUUUGUUGCCAGGAGAAGAAAUAGACGUUGUUCCUGAAAAUCUUAUUGCGGUUCAAGGUGAAAAUCUAAUUCCAUUAAAGACCAGUGGAGCUCUGAGCACGAAAUGGAUGCCGCUGAAAUACAUACGAGCACCAGAAGUGGUGAGGAUCACAAUCAGGGACUGGAAAAACGCACUAGGACGACAAUGGCAUCACCUAGUUACCACUAGUGGUUUACAAAGACAAUUGCAAUUUGUUCUAAGUCCGUUUCGAAGUGCAUCUAGGUACAUCGCACCCUACGCCAAAAGGGUUUGGGCCAAGCAGGCUUACUUCCAAGUUGUGGGGCCGGCUCAGCUCCUUAUUAGUGGUACCCGAUAG